GGACCCCAACCAGCCGGUGCCUCAGGACACCAAGUUCAUCCACACCAAACCCAACCGCUUCGAGGAGGUGGCCUGGUCCAAGUACAACCCCAAGGACCAGCUGUACCUGCACAUCGGCCUGAAGCCCCGGGUGCGGGACCACUACCGCGCCACCAAGGUGGCCUUCUGGCUCGAGCUGGUGCCGCACCUCCACAACCUCAACGAGAUCUUCCAGUACGUGUCCACCACCACCAAGGUGCCCCCGCCCGACAUGACCUCCUUCCCCUACGGCACCCGGCGGUCCCCGGCCAAGAUCUGGCCCACCACCAAGCGCCCGGCCAUCACGCCCGCCAACGGCCCCAAGCACGCCAAGGACCCCCAGAAGACGGGCCCGGAGGACACCACCGUCCUCAUCGAGACCAAGCGCGACUAUUCCACGGAGCUCAGCGUCACCAUCGCCGUGGGCGCCUCCCUGCUCUUCCUCAACAUCCUGGCCUUCGCCGCCCUCUACUACAAGAAGGACAAGCGGCGCCACGAGACGCACCGGCGCCCCAGCCCCCAGCGCAACGCCACCAAUGACAUCGCCCACAUCCGCAACGAGGAGAUCAUGUCCCUGCAGAUGAAGCAGCUGGAGCACGAACACGAGUGCGAGUCCCUGCAGGCCCACGACACCCUGCGGCUCACCUGCCCGCCCGACUACACCCUCACCCUGCGCCGCUCGCCCGAUGACAUCCCACUCAUGACACCCAAUACCAUCACCAUGAUCCCCAACACGCUGACGGGCAUGCAACCCCUGCACACCUUCAACACCUUCAGCGGCGGCCAGAACAGUAGCAACCUACCCCACGGGCACUCCACCACCAGGGUAUAGCCUGGCCGCCCGCGUCCCCGUCCUCCCCCG